GUGAGACUUAUACAGAAUCAUAUAAUGGCGUAACAUACCCUUUCAACGCGCUGUAUUCGCGGCAGGAUGAUUCAGAUCCCGACCCUCGAAUGGUGGAAAAACCACAUCCAAUUAACCAAAGAAAACCGUGGCUUAUAGUGCCAUACUCCGACUACAGUACGGCUGCCCUCGAGGAAGUCCUCAGCAAGCUAAAACAGAGAAAUUUAAAUCGUUAUGCCACUUCCUCAUUCGGAAGCGAGGCCAUGAUUUUCGCGACAGAACUCGCUUACGGGCAAGCGGUACAAAAUUCAGAAGUUUCCUCAGACUUACCCAGAGACGUAAACAGAGAAACAGAAAGUACGAAUCACAAAACGCUUGACGCAACCACAGAAUUCGAUGAAUCCAAUUAUAUAGACACCCUGAGAAUGCAGGAAGCUAAAAAUAAACCACGAAAAGUAAAAGAAGUAGAGAAAAGUACAAAAGAAGAAGAUAAAAAGAAAAAAGAUAAAUGUAAAUUCAAGUUUAGAGACUUCUUCAAGUUUCUUCAUCCCAAGAAGAAAAAAUGUGAAAAUAAAACUGAAGAUCCUAAUAAAACCUUUUUAGAGCAAGCUUCAGUUAUGCCUACUACGGAAAUUAAAGAUGAGAAAAGAAUUUCUGAAGCUGUAAGUACAGUUGUAACUACAGCUGCAAGUAUAAAUACAACGACAUGUAAAAUGACGGACAAGAGUUUAUUUAAGAAAACUACAGCGCUGAAGAAAAAUAGGCAAAGACGAACAAUCGACCGAGACAACCAUGUGACCAGUGUGAAUAGAUACAAUAAACAAAAAUGGCAAAUAAGCAAAACUAACUUUAAGAAACGAGAAUCGACCCCAGAUAACAGAGCUUACGAAGUUCUAUCAAACAAAAUGUCUUAUAAAGACUUUGUGGAUGGAUUCAAGUAUUAUUUAAAUUUCGAGAGAGAUAUGGCUAGAUCCAACUUCUCGGAUAUGGUGCGGUAUCAAGCGCACAAACAUCAUAAUGUUGAUGAUAUCGGAAAAUUUAUACUGGAGAAGAUUCCGCAAGUGCCGGCCACUGACAGGCUGUAUGAGUCUACUGGCCAAAUGCUAGAGUUUAAAGAGCCAAUACAAACUAGGAAUUAUUUUCAGAAGAAAUUGACAGAACGGCUCAAUGCGAGCACUGAAUCCGAUUCAGAUGUACGUUUAGAAAAAUACGGAAGCACAACUCUCCCUACAGCCUUCCACGGUCUUGAGUCCCUCAGGAAAAGAUUAAUUGACGUCCAAGGGCCGUCCUGGCUCCACAAGAAGUCAAUUAGUUCUUAUUUCGACUCAAAAUCUAGAAACCCUAGAAUCAAGAGGGGACUCAAGCCGCGCACGCAAAACACCAUCCCUUUUGAAACCACUCAAUUCCCACAAACACUCAAAAGUGACACAGCACAAUUGAGAGACUCCACGAAAAACGUGGCCUUCGCAAAAGUGCAUUUGAUCGAAACAUCUAAAACUAAGAAGCCAUUCAAAGGUUUCUUUGAAAAGUUUAAAAAACAGAAAUCCAAACGUGAUGCGAGUGGCCUUUUAAAGAAAUUUAGGCAAAUAUUUUCGAACGGGCAAACGACUUCUGCCCAAUCCAAAGGGUUGACAGCCAGAUACCGGUACCCGUCCAAUCUGUACGACUCGAUAAAGUAUCCGAUGUACAAAGCUCCACAGAUGGCCGAUGAUUUAGACGAUAUUAUCGAGAAUUUCAAGAAGGCAGUACCUCGAACUACCACUCCUUUGGCUUCGUAUGUGGACGAUUAUGACAGGGAUCCGAAAAGCUCGAUAUAUCCUGGGCCCUCGCGGUAUAUUCCAAGUGAAUUUCAUGGCGACCCAGCCAUGCCUUUCGAGGUAACUACGCCACACCAGAAAGACAGCACCCUUCAGAAGAAAUUUCACAAAUUAGAAAAGGAAUAUGAUGCCGUAGCAGCCAGGGCUAUGGAAUCGGAAUACGACAUCAAAUCACGCAAGCUAUGGCCGACAUCGGCGACGUCUGAUCAUCUUUGGAAACCGGCGACUUUGAAAAAGCCUUUGAUUGAAAAUAAGGCUACGUACCCAGCGCUUCACAAGGGAGGCGGCCGGUUGAAAACGGUUACAGCGCCUCACAAAUACCCCGAGGCCACAACUAACGACUUCGAAUAUGACGAGUUGCAAGAUAUGCUCAGAAAUAACCAGAAGCAAAGACACCACUCGAUCCAUGGAUUUAACAAACCUGCCAUUCUAAAGUCCAAAAGUAAGACUCAGGAUUAUGAAGAAAAUUGGCAAAUCAAUGACUCAGAACUUGGAGUUAAAGAAAAGGAAGACUACAAUCUAGAGGAUGAAUCUACUCUUACUUCAUCCGAAAUACCGGCAGGUGUCGCGCUUGACGACAAUAUAUCAGUAAAACGUUAUGACAAUAAACUUAAUAAUUAUGAAACUAAUGAGUUAAAAACGAAACCUAUAUUCAACAUGAAUAGACUUAAAAAGAAGACAACAAGACAAGCAAAUACAAAAAUGGACUUAUAUAACAAAAAUUGUCCAACACGCCGUAGUAAUCUAGUCCACAAUAAAGCAACAACUAUGAAUAAUAUAGAAAAAGGAAUAAAAACUGGUAAAGGAAGAGAAAAUCUUGCGAAAAGUUUAACAGGAAAAAUCGUCAAAGAUCUACUUAUGAUUCAAACUAGUACUGUCCUAAUACCUAAUGAAGAUAAUGCUAGAAAUUAUGAUUACAAUAUUAAUACUAAGAUUCAAAAAAAUCGAGUAUCAACAUCAAAACGGCCACAAGAACUCAACAAAGAAACACUUAACGAUCAUGAUUAUUAUGAUUCAGGAGAGAUUAAAAACGAAGAACGAGUAUCUUCAAAAACUGUUGGGGUAAAAGAUGCACAAUCAGUUGUUAAGGGGAAAACGAUACCAGUUCACAACGCAUUAAUGUAUGGAACAGUGCAGAGACAAAAACCCGUGGCGAAAGCAAAAAGUCCACCAUAUAUGUCAACAGAUAAACUCCAGCAAAUCGCAUUCAAAUACCCUGCAAGCAAAUAUGACACAAUUUUGCAUCAAAAGCAUGAGAAGACUACACCGAAAACCAGGCCACCUCCGCUGACCCAGUCCUCAACUGCUGACGGCUCGGAAACCCAGUCCAAAUACGACGACGAAGAUAAACCCCCGUAUCCAAAAACAACUGAUAAGGAUACAAAAGAAACUGCACACACAUCAAACAUUGAUUUAUCCGAUUUAGCUCAUAAAAUUGAUCAUGAGAUAUUUGGUUUUCCUAGCAAAGGCCACCCAAGUACGACAACAAUGAAAAGUCUUAUCGACUGGUUCGACAAACACUACUCCGUUUCGAUAAAUAUAGACAGAAAAGCGAAUUCUAAUGGUCCAUUUGAGACUACUAGUGUCGGGGCCCUUCCAACGAAUUGGGAGCCACAAUAUAUCUACGGUGAUGAAAAAACUACAAAAUCGAUGAAUCCUACACUAAAUAAAUAUAAAAGUGACAAUAAAAAAAUUCCAGUUAUAGAAGCCAACUUUGCCAAAAAUGAUAAUAAACUACAUGCAAAAAUAGAUAACUCUAAUAACGAUUAUGUAGCGCAGUUAUUAAAAAUAAAAACAUGCAAACCACCAGCUAAAACAACAACAAAAAAGGAUGAUUGUACUAUAAUUGAUAUAGGAAAAAUAGUGAAGGAUUGGAUGACCUCACAUUUAGAAAUAGCAAAAGAUGAAACUACGACAAAAUGCAAAAAUGGCAAAACUGCUAGAGAUAUGGCAACAUAUUUGGCUGACAAUCUUUAUAAUUAUGUAACUGAAACAACAACCAAUAAAAACAAAAUGAUAACACCUUUCAAUACCAUCAACGCCUUUGCAACCCGAAAGCCAGAAAUAGAGAAACAUUAUUUCACUAAAAAAAUAGUAUUUACAGAUAAUUACAAUUCUUUAUUCGAUGAAAUUCCAAAUACUAAAGAGAAAAUGCAAGGAUACGGGAGGCCCAGCCAGAAUCCAUGCUUCAAAGAGAGACCUUAUGCUGUUACGAAAUCAAACAAAGCGAAUAAAAAAACCUACGCUAAAGGGAAAUAUGAUAUCAUGCAGAAAGAGACUGGUAUCAAGAAACCACUAGAAGUUGAGCACAAAGUCCGCCCUGAACAAGUUAAGGUUGUGCAUACUUUCGACAUAAUAUAUGCGCAUGGCAAUAUGCCGUUCACCAAUCAGUUAGCAUUAAAGCACAAGACAUUAAAAGCAAACAAAUAUCGAAGACGAAAGAGAUUUUCGGAACUUUCAAGAAGUGUGCUUCAAUAUCACCCCGGAUCCAGUGGCUGA